UCAGAGAAAAAAGCUGGGGAGAGAGUGGCGGGAGGAAGAGCUGCACUUGGAUUAUAGUUGUUUCAAGUGUUUAUCUACCUCUUCAGUCAAAGGGUGUAGCCAUGUGGCUGGAGUCACUGCUGCUGCUGGCCAUGCUGUCGGCGGCAGUGCUGUACGACUGCAGCAGACGCUGCCGCUACCUGAUGCGCCAGUCGGUGCUGUACCUGGGCGGCCUGGUGGUUGGCCUGUGCGUGACCCCGCUGGGCCUGCGCCGGCCGUGCGACCCGCGCAACUCGCUGCUGUUCACGCGGCCGCUGCGCGCCAUCGGCUGGCUGCUCGGCGUCGAGUGGCAGGUGCGCGGCGCCGAGCGGCUCUGCGCCGACACUGCCUGCGUGGUGGUGGCCAACCACCGCGACGCGCUCGACGUGCUCGGCAUGGUGGAGCUGUGGCCGCACUUUGGCCGGCUCGUCACCGUCAUGAAGCGCGAGAUCUGGCUGGGCUUUCCGUUCGCGCUGGGCGCCUGGCUCUGCGGACAGAUCUUCAUCGACCGUUCGAACCCUGCUCGCGCGCGGCAGUCGCUCCUGCACGCCCAGCAGCGGAUGUGUGACGAGCGUCUGGCGGUGUGGUUCUUCCCGGAGGGUACCCGUAACCGCGGCGCCGGCCUGCUGCCCUUCAAGAAGGGCGCCUUCCACAUGGCCGUGUCGGCGCAGGUGCCCGUGGUGCCGAUCGUGUUCGGGCCGUACCAGCACUUCCUGGAGCCGCGCGAGUGGCGCUUCGAGCCGGGCCGGGCCGUGGUGCAGGCACUGGAGCCGGUGCCGACGGCCGGCCUGACCACUGAGGACGUGCCGCGUCUCCUGGACCAGGUGCAGCGCAGCAUGGCCGAGGUGUACGGACACCUCUCCGACGAGCUGCUCAGUAAAAAGGCAGCGUAGCUCGGCCACUGCCUCUGCCCGCUUCUCGCCCAGCAGUAGGUAGCCGGUGUAGCGCCGUAUUUAUUUGGUGUAUGUUUCUACACAGUGUUCUGAAGCACUUCACUUGUCGUUCACUGGAUCAAUUCACGCCCAUCACUCUUUUAAAAGAACGUAUAUGUGAUUCACCCCACUCGUCGGUAGGAUAAAGACAACCACUAAUUGUUUCCGUGUUAACCGUAAGAACCUCCGUGAUACAAAACAUGUGCUUGUUGAACCAGAAACAAGUAGCCAAAAGCAAGACUCGUGCUGCUAUUUGCGGUUUAGACCGAUCGUUGUAGGUACUCAACAUAUCUUCUGUUCAGGGCAUUGCCGCAUGCGAUCAGGCUACAAUGUGCGGGUUUAGUGUGUAUGUUUAUUGUUUAGGUAGUCCUUUUGGUUAGCUAAUUGGCGAAGUUUUCAUACAUGGACCAGUGUCACGUGCCGCGCUGUCGGCUGAGGCUUGUAUAGUCGUUGGUAGAACAGGCUGGGUAUGUCGUCGGUUUUGUCAUCAGGUAAUGCUAGCUGUGACAGCGUCGUGGGUAUGGCUUCAGGGGAAUGGAACGGUGACUAUAGUUAGGUAGUCCUGCAUGUGAAUUAUCUUUAUAGGGAAAAGAGUGAACUGAUAUUAUUCUGAACGUAUGUCCAUCACAAACGUACGGAAUCUCUGUAUUUUUUCUGCCUUUUCUUGCCUGUGUUCCCUAUAUGGCUGCUUUAGUUUGUAUUGCCAAAUUACAAAUAUACAGUCAACGCGACCAUU